UUUGAGAACCCUAAAACGUCGGUAGAGUAUCCUCGGCGAAACGACUGACGAAAGACCCUUUGCGCUUCAACUUAAAAGCGAAACCGAAUUUUAAAUCCGCUGAAAUUUUUAGUUUUAAAACUUGAUGUGAGCUAGUACUGGAAGAAAAAGCUAUUGCCAUUCAUCUUGAUCGGGAGAAAAAAAAUUGGCCUUCGACUUUAAAGUCGUUUCCUCUAAAGCGAAGGAGGGAGGGAGAGAAGGAGAAAAAAAAUAUGCACGAUUACAGCAAACUGUCGGGAACGAGAAGAAUGCGUUUCCGAGAAUGGUUGAUCAGCAAACUCGAUAGUGGAGAAAUUACCGGAGUGCAGUGGCUGGAUAAACGGAGAGGAGUCUUCAAAAUUCCUUGGAAACACGGUUCUGGUCGAAACUGGUGUCCAACAGAUGCUAAUAUAUUCAAAGAAUGGGCAAAACAUUCUGGGAAGUUUGUGGAAGGCAGAGAUAGAGCGGAUCCUUGUAAAUGGAAGACAAACUUUAGAUGCACUUUAAAUGCUCUUCCCGAUUUCGAAGAAAUUCGACAGCAAAGCAUUCCGCGUGGCCCUGAUGCCUACAAGAUUUACAGGUUGAACAAGAAACAAACAGAUCUUGUGAAGAAGGAAGAAAAAAAGACUGAGGUACUUGGGUCAUUUGAAAGAGUAAUAGUUGAGAUGGUGGAUGACAUGUUGAAUUCCCCCGGCGAUGCUAAAUCUGAGGAGAAACCUAUGGUAGUUCCUCGUGCAAACUCAAACUUCCCAGCGUUCGAGAGUCUUGUUGCAAGCAAGUGCAAUCAGGAAGGGACUCGACUUCUUCCCCAUGAAUUGUAUUUGGCGGCUUGGAAUGCCCUAGCUGUCGAUAUGCACGACGAAAAACAAAGCGCAACUUCUGAAGACGAAUUUGUUGACGUUGAAAAUGUCUCGGUUGAAAACGGAGAAAUCAGCAGCUAAGGAGUUCAACCUUCUCUCCUAGAGAGAUGUCUGAAAUCGUCCGUGUAAUCAGUGUCAUAAGUUUUGAAAGCAAGUCAAAAACACGUUGAAGGACUCGGUAACCAAAAGAAAACUUCUCAUUGUCCCCUCAGUGGAGACUGGGAGGGAGAAAGUCAAAUACCGGGUGGUUUCAUGUCUAGGUAAGGUACAAGAACAAAAGUUAUGUACAUAGAGUUAUGUUAAUAUCUUGAGUGUAAAUAAUGUUAUGGGUUGCGUGCACUUGUGAAAUACUGGUAGGUUAAGAUUAUACUGUAUGUAGUUUGAAGUGGUACAGAAAAAGUUCGAAGUAGCGCUACUAAACGUAUAGUUCAUAAAAUGACAACUGGCCCUUUGAAUCGGGGGAGGGCCAAAGUUUACCACUGAAAUUUAUGACUGAUCUUGCCUCGUAAAAAUUACAAACUUAUUUCACAAAGAGCUUCUUGGAAAUUCCAAUCUUCCAAGACGACUGCCACCAGAGGAGAACUCCUGUUACCCCCCGGGUAAUAGGAAACUGCGUCUAUAAUAAAGCAACCCAAAGAACUGCCAGCUAAUGCACCUUCUAGGUCGAAAGGGAACUUUGAAAUUAGUUUAAUGAACAAAACCACUAAACUAACCCACUGAUGCAGAAGUCCGUUGUAACCAGUUCACUUCAUAACGCUCGCUUGGCAAGAUUUUAGGUUGAACUGUAAUUCCGCUUCAAAGAUUCAUAUGCAGACUACACAAGGAUAAUUUUUAGUGUUCCAGUCACUAGUAACACCUUCCCAUUUUCAUAGGCAAGAAUCUUAUUAAGUCUACCUAUUUCUAACAACUUAGGUUUUAGAAUAUUUGUAAUAAUAAGGGUUUAUGAUAGGUCUUCGUCACGGAGUUGGCUACUUCUUUUUCGUGCCGUAAGAACAAUAACAAAAAAAAAUGAAGUUGAUAAGAACUGUAAAAUUUAUCUCGUGUUUUAAGUGAAUAAAGGCUUGACUCGAAAA